AUACAGAUGAUGUCGUCACCAUAUUCCUGAGCGGAGAAUCCCGUCUGCCUUACACCAAUGUGAGCGAAAGAUAGAAGGUGAGGUAAGAGGAAAGAGAAAGAAAAAUAAGAUUUUUGUAGGAAAUGCUGAAAAAGGAGGCACUUUAAGUAUGUUUUAUGAUGUUUAGAAAUGUCUUGAAGUGUCUGCAUUGCAGUGGAAGAAAAAUGUGAUUGCACUAGGUUAAGCUGGAAAAACACAAGAUAGAAAGAAAGAGAAAGGGGUGGAGAAACAAGUGAAGUAUUGUAACAGCUGCCAGGAACUGUGACAUUGAGGGAACUCCACAUACAAGCAGGAACACAGCUAAGAGGGCUCUUCUUAACAUGGGGAAGUCAGCCUCCAGGCUUUUUUGUGAGGAGGUGCUGAAGACACAUAAUGAAUACAGGAGAAAGCAUGAAGCCCCCCCUUUAAAACUCAGCAAUAAACUGAGUCAUGAGGCAGCACGAUAUGCUGAGAGUCUUGCUAGCACCAGGAUUUUGAAGCACAGCGCUGAGUCUAGCAGAGGAAAUUGUGGAGAAAAUUUAGCUUGGGCGUCUUAUGAUCAAACAGGUAAAGAUGUGUCUGAUCGCUGGUACAAUGAAGUGAACCAGUACAACUUUAACCAGCCAGGAUUCUCCUCUGCCACUGUGAGCUGGGGAGAGCGGCAUAUAAACAGCCACGCCACCGUCAGAAGCAGAGAGAGAACGACACGUCAGUCCAGUGUUGGCGUGUGUCCUGAAUGUCAAAAAGCUGCAUGUCUUUUAAGAUGUUUAUGUUUAUGGAGAGUUUUUGUUAUUGGUGAAGCUAUCUGAGUGAACCCAGGAAAACACUAGAGAGAGUGUACAGGCUGUGCAGAGGGCAGAAAAUAAAAGCCUUACUUUGACGGUGUCUGAGCUUCCCGACUCGUCCUUUCCCGUGCAACCUUCACAAUAUUGAUCCUCAUUCACAAAGCAGUCCGGUGUAAAAUGAUUUAAACAAACAAAUGAAUUUUUGUAUGUUUUGGGGCACAUUUGCUUAAAAAAAAAAAAAAAAUUGUCCACUGCGUCUUCAGUGGCUCUGAUGCUGGGAGUACAUGAAGACUCUUAUGUUCACUUAUGCAGCCAACAACAGAACACUUAUGAUGCUUACGAAGCUGAGACAUUAUUCUUCUCACUGUAGCUGCUCCAGCAUGGAAAAAAAAUGGCGGAUUGUGUGUCGAUCACUCAGGGGAGGAUCUAUGAUAAUAGGGUGGAGUCAGUCACCAGUCGUGGGCGUGGUCUGCUCAAAAGUGACAUCACUUUAGAGCAGAAACAAAAACCGAUCAUUUUGGAGACACUGUUUUUGAUUAAUAGAAAUAUAAGAAAGAGGAGUGGGUGGACUUAUAACAUUGUAGGGUGGUUGUGUACACACUGCCGACUCACAUUUAUGUUCAAACACCAUGUAAAAGUGAAUUUUGCAUAAUAGGUCUCCUUUAAAGAACGAAUAUACAGUAUAAGAAAGAUGCUAAAGCUCCUGUGG